GGUUCUGAACGUGAUAGGCAAGAAUGAGGGCAACACUCAAAUGAAACAGAAUCUCAUGGCUAGACUUACGUAGCCUAUGCGUUUGGAGUAGACUGCUAGAACACAAACUGCCAGCCUAUGGAGCCAACAAGUUUACAGAAAGCCAUAGCUGUGGCAAACAAGGCCUCCCAGGAGGAUGAGGCAGGGAACUUUGAAGAGGCUAUUAAAUCUUACCAGCAUGCAGUGCGGUAUUUACUGCAUAUAGUGAAACGUGAGCCACAGGGUAAAGAGGGUAACCAGAAGAUAAGAGACAAGUGCAAGCAGUAUCUGGAUAGAGUGGAGGAACUCCAAGAAUGUCUAGAUAACAAACAGAAAGCAAUAGAUCUGGCCAGCAAAGCAGCUCAGGAGGACAAGGCCCAGAAUUAUGAGGAGGCUUUGCGUCUCUACCAGCAUGCAGUUCAGUACUUCCUGCAUGUGGUCAAAUAUGAGGCUCAGGGAGAUAAAGCCAAACAGAGCAUCAGGGCAAAGUGCGCUGAGUACCUGGACAGAGCGGAGAAACUGAAAGAGUAUCUCAAGAAGAAAGAGAAAGCCCCAGCCAAGCCAGUGAAAGAAUCUCAGUCGGAGGACAAAGGCAAUGACAGUGAUGAAGGAGGUGAGGACCCGGAGAAGAAGAAAUUUCAAAACCAGCUGCAGGGUGCCAUUGUCAUGGAGAAGCCAAAUGUCAAGUGGAAUGAUGUGGCUGGACUAGAAGGAGCAAAAGAGGCCCUGAAGGAAGCGGUCAUUUUGCCAAUCAAAUUCCCUCACCUCUUCACAGGAAAAAGAACUCCAUGGAGGGGCAUCCUUCUGUUUGGUCCCCCUGGCACAGGGAAGUCAUACCUGGCCAAAGCUGUGGCUACGGAGGCCAACAACUCCACGUUCUUCUCCAUCUCCUCCUCAGACCUGGUGUCCAAGUGGCUAGGGGAGAGCGAAAAGUUGGUGAAGAGCCUGUUCAGUAUGGCCCGGGAGCACAAGCCCUCCAUCAUCUUCAUCGACGAGAUCGACUCGCUGUGCGGCUCCAGGAGUGAGAAUGAGAGCGAGGCGGCCCGCAGGAUUAAGACUGAGUUCCUGGUCCAGAUGCAGGGAGUCGGGAAUGACAAUGAGGGAAUCCUUGUGCUGGGAGCCACCAACAUCCCCUGGACUCUGGACUCGGCCAUCAGGAGACGCUUUGAGAAGAGGAUCUACAUCCCCCUGCCCGAGGAGCACGCGCGCUCCUUCAUGUUCAAGCUGCACCUGGGCACCACGGCCACCAGUCUCACCGAAGGCGACUUUUCCGGGCUGGGCAAGAAGACGGACGGCUACUCGGGUGCCGACAUCAGCAUCAUCGUGCGGGAUGCCCUCAUGCAGCCGGUGCGGAAGGUCCAGUCAGCCACACACUUCAAACGGGUACGGGGGCCUUCAAGGGACAAUCCCAACGUGCUUAUUGAUGACCUCCUGACCCCAUGCUCCCCUGGUGACCCGCAAGCCGUAGAGAUGACCUGGAUGGACGUGCCAGGGGAGAAGCUGCUGGAGCCGAUCGUUUCCAUGCCGGACAUGCUGAGGUCCCUGUCCAACACAAAGCCCACAGUAAACGAGCAGGAUCUGGAAAAGCUGAAGAAGUUCACAGAGGACUUUGGCCAGGAGGGUUAAGGAGCACCGUUUUUGCCAAAACCAAAGCAAACAGAUCAGGAUUGUAAAGCCCCCCCCCCCCCAUCCCUCUUUCUGUCUUGCUCUCUCUAUCACACACAUUCUUUCUCUCAGUUUGUCUUUUUUCCUCCUUCAACCUCUCACUGUUCACCUGUUCGACGUGUUCCAGGGCCCUGUCUGUUAAUAAGACCUCAUGGUGAUGCAUUCUGUAGGCCGUUUUGGGAAUAAGACUAUACUAUGUAUAAUUAAGUUAAAAAGCCCUGUAACCUUGCCUUUGUGGGUUGCAAACUAGGAGGAAAGGCCCACAGGCCCACUUGGUUUCUGAUGUUGGUGCAGCUGGUUUUGUCCAGUCCCCUGUGCCCAUGCUUCUCUCUGGGGCGAAUGUCUCUUCUCUGAGCUGCUUUUUCUGAAUGCUCAGACUAGGAUUGCCUUAAACUACAGCAAGAAAACAAUUCACGUGAUUCGGACAUGAAUUUUCUCCUACUUUACCAUAAAAGGGUCAUUGAUGAAGAGAGUCAUUGAUGCUGACCUUAUGGAAAGGCAGAUGUCUAAGAGAGACUGAUGGUCAUGCAUCAGUAGGACUCCAAUUCAAUGCUGAUAACAGCUCUGGAUCGACUCUCAGAAUGGGAAAACGAGUGUAGUUGUUUGCCUUUAUUUGGCAUACCUUUCAUUCGGAAGAUUGGUUUAGUCCUGCAUGCGGUUGCAUCUGGCAUGCAGAGAUGUAUUUAACAGCUCCUGUGUGUACGUGGGAUGUAAUGUAGUUAUUUGGUUUUGAUUUUAAAGAUUAGUGAAUAUUAUGAUGUUGACUGGAGAAUCAGAAGGUGUAGACAUUUGGGGGCUUUUGUCAGUAAAUAUUUGAUAGAAAAGAAAUUUGGAAUCAGCAUUUGGGAAUCAAUAAUUUGUGGCCAAGGACCACCUCUGCUCACUGAAACAAUCCCACAAAGGUUUGUAAGAGACACUGGCUUGCUCUUCCAUAUCUGUUCAGGUAUCAAAUAAUUCUUGUUUUUUUUUUUUUUUUUUUUUUUUGGUAAAAAAAAUGAAUAAAUAAAUAAAAAAGAAUCAGAAUGACCCACAUCAUGAAUGCGCAAUGAGGCCUUUCCGCGUUCGAGACUACAGGGCUGAUGUGGAGAUAGUUCCAAAGCCACAGGGAGCCUCACCUCUGGGCCCUGGCUACCUCGGAUCCCGCGCUUUCGGGCGAGCAGUGGAACUGGCCUUAGACUAGCGGUCUGCUGGCCAGCACACAAUGUGCCUUCUACAAAUCUGUUUUCUGUAUGUGUUUUUUUUUUGUUUUUGUAAUCAAUUACUUUUGGUUUAUAUGUCUCUUUCAUUCAUUAAACGUGGAUACCUGCCUACAUAAUGUGCAGUUAAGUAGACAUAGAAGUAAACGUAUAAGGUAUGGAACAGUUCAGAGAGUUAUUUGCACAUUUCAUUUUAAAAACAUUACUCUAUAAACAAUUGUAUACAACUGUACUCCUAUGCACUUAGGGUGUUGGGGUUUUUCAGAAACUGAAAGCUUUAUUAAAAAUGUAGAUCUGCCAGUGGAUGUGGAUCGAUCUUUUAUAAAGGAACUGGUGUACUGUUUGAGUAAUAAGAAUAUUCAUUAUAUAGAUAUGUGUUAUUGUUUAAUGAUAAAAAAAGAUCCUCCACAUCAGAACAGUAAGGAUUUUUGGUUUGCUUGUCUUUUAUCUUACUCGUGUAAAUAAAAUAAUAAGACUGAAAACUGCUUCAAGUUCUUUUAAAC